UGAUAGGGCGCCAAAGCAAAGGUCAUUAAGGUACAAAGAUGGCCAUAAAACUACCCCAAAAGCCAACAUCCCUUUUAGUUUGCCUCACAAAUCACAAGAAAGAGAAUCACAGCAGAUUCUCCUCUCACUCUCUCACUCUCUCACUCUCUUUCUCAUAUAGGUGUAAUUAAUUUUGAUGGUAUGGCAUCUAAAAGUGCACCUUCAGAUUCAAAGUCAUAUGUGCAACACACUGCAGCACAAGGCAGGAUAUGUCUAUGCUCCCCCACCACGCAUCCUGGAUCAUUCAGAUGUAGCCUGCACAGGAAUUUCCAUAGGGUUCCCAGUAGAUCAACGGUUAGCGGGGUUUCAUCAAAAAAGUGGGAAUUGGCUGUGAUUGCUAAAGCAAAUUCAAUGAAGGCCUUUCUGCUUCAGAUUGUCAAGCCUUCUAGUCAUGAUCUUCAAAGAAGGAGGAAUUUUCGCCCCAGGCCUACCAGGUUUUGCGUAAUGAAUGCCAAUACAGAUGGGGUUGCAGUUUCUUGAUCUGCGCUUUGCUUUCUUUUCUUUUCUUUUUCAUAAUCUUGAAUAUUAGAAAGAGGAGUAUGUAGAUAUGAGGGAUAUGUACAUAUAAAAAUUAGGAAUUUAGUAUUGUAAUUGAUGGUCUCAAAUGUCAAUUGCCAGUUUUAGAUUAUAUUGAUGCUGUGAGAUCCAAGAGUUUAUGAAUAUUAAUAAAGAAAUAGAGAUUGGUGUA